GCAACGCCGCAUCGUGCUAGGCACAAAUAACAAAAACAAAACAGUGCUCAGCUAUAAAUUACUAAGGAAAUAAACAAAAAUUAUGAAUGUGGCACGCAGAUUAAUACGCGUGGCACAAAUCUUGCGGCGCAGCAGCCACAACUACAAAAAUGCACUUGCCGCAACACAAUCUAUAAACUAUGUCGGCACAAUAGCCGCAAUCAACAAAAGUGUAGUUCCAACAAGCUGUCGUUUCUAUAGCCAGCAGAAAACAGAAGAAACGGUUGAUGCCACAGCCGAGCUGGACAGUGCCACCUAUGAACGUGUAUGCGCCGAGACGUUGGACGCCCUCUCUGAUUACUUUGAUGAGCUGACAGAGAACGCUAGCGAUUUAAUUGGCACAGAUGUGGCCUAUGGCGAUGGCGUCUUGACUGUGAAUCUGGGACAGACACAUGGCACCUAUGUGAUCAAUCGUCAGACGCCCAACAAACAGAUUUGGCUCAGUUCACCGACAAGCGGCCCAAAGCGUUUCGAUUACGUUGCCGGCAAAUGGAUCUACAAACAUAGCGGCGAAUCUUUGCAUCAACUGUUGCAGCUGGAGAUUGGAAAGAUUAUUAAGAAGCAGCCGGUGGACUUUAUGCAAUUGCCUUACUGUAGCUGAAAGCUGAAAAUUU